UGUGCGUCUUUCAGGCGACGCUGCCAGCGUGACGUAUGAUCUAGUGGACGGUUCUUCAGAAACAGCUCGUCAACCACCGCGGUAGCUUUCUAGCCAACAUAGCCGAAAGAUUCAAGCUAUUUAUACGCUUUCGGUGUAUAUUAGCUACUGUGUUUUAGACACACUUCUGUCGUAUCUUCUUGUUAACCUAUUUAAUAUUACGUUAUUUUUUAUUAGCUAUAGUAGCUGGCUGGUUAAGUUAGCACUAGCCUAGUUGCUAAUGAUAGCUAGCUAACAUCCCCGACCAUGAGCUCCCUAAACUUCUCCCCUCCUGUUAAAGAAGAGGGGGUCUGCUGGACGGAGAAAGAAGCUCUGGGGCUGAACAUUGUCGUGAAAGAGGAGAAGGAAGAAGAGGAUGUCACAGUAAAAAAAGAAGAGAAAGACGUUUCAGUUAAAGAAGAGGAAGACGCGUUCAGAGUGGAAGAAGAGGAGGAUGCAGUUUUUGGAGUGAAGAAGGAAGGGGAGAUUACUGUCACAUUGAAAGACGAAGAGGUGGAGAUAGGAGAUCUGUUUGACACCAGAGAGAGACGUAACUAUCGUGGAUCCUCUGGGGAGCCUCAACAUCAUGAUGCUAACGAGGCAGAGAAGGGUCUCUCCACUUCAGAACACCUCAAGAAACACCAGCAGAGACCCACAGAUAGGAAAUCUCACUGCUGCUCUGACUGUGGGAAACGUUGCAAAUCUUCAUCAGAACUUAAAAUACACCAGCAAGUACACACAGGAGAGAAAUCUCACCACUGUUUUGAUUGUGGGAAGAGUUACUUAAGAUCAGAAUCACUAAAAGUACACCUGAGAAUUCACACUGGAGAGAAACCUUAUAGCUGUGAUCAAUGUGGGAAGAGUUUUACUCAGUCAAGCUGCCUGAAAACUCACCAGAGAAUUCACACUGGAGAGAAACCUUAUAGCUGUGAUCAAUGUGGGAAGAGUUUUACUCAGUCAAGCUGCCUGAAAACUCACCAGAGAAUUCACACUGGAGAGAAACCUUAUAGCUGUGAUCAAUGUGGGAAGAGUUUUACUCACUCAAGCUGUCUUAUAGUACACCUGAGAGCACACACAGGAGAGAAACCUUACCACUGCUCUGACUGUGGAAAGAGUUUUGUUAGUUCAACAGAUUUAAAAUCCCACCUGAAAAUACACACAGUAGACAAACCUUAUAACUGUACUCAAUGUGGGAAGAGUUUUAAUCACUCAAGCUGGCUGAUAGUACAUCUGAGAGCACACACAGGAGUGAAACCUUAUAGCUGUAAUCAAUGUGGGAAGAGUUUUGUUACAUCUAGCCAUCUGACUCUACACCAGAGAACACACACAGGAGAGAAAUCCUAUAGCUGUAGUCAAUGUGGGAAGAGUUUUAUUCAGUCAAGCAGCCUGAUAUCACACCAGAGAACACACACAGGAGAGAAACCUUAUAGCUGUAAUCAAUGUGGGAAGAGUUUUACUCAGUCAAGCAGCCUAGUAUCACACCAGAGAACACACACAGGAGAGAAACCUUAUAGCUGUAAUCAAUGUGGGAAGAGUUUUACUCAGUCAAGCAGCCUAGUAUCACACCAGAGAACACACACAGGAGAGAAACUUCAUAGCUGUGAUCAAUGUGACAAGAGAUACUCUGAUAAAAGAUCUCUGAUCAAACAUCAGAAAAUACAUACAUGA